UUCCACCAUCACUACUUCUCUCUUUCUCGCUUCAGUGACUUUAAUCAAAUAUGUUCGCCAUUGUGCCAAACGAUGCUCAAUUCUUGAUAAAAGACAUAAGGUUGGGAUUGAAGAAUUUAAAUUUAAUCUUUAUUGUGUUGGAAAUGGGAAGGGUAACUAAAACAAAGGAUGGGCAUGAGGUUCGCUCCUGCAAGGUGGCUGAUAAAAGUGGGUGCAUCACCCUGUCUGUGUGGGACGAGGUGGGUGGACUCAUCCAGCCAGGAGACAUCCUCCGCCUCUCACGAGGCUAUGCAUCCCUGUGGAAGGGCUGUCUGACACUCUACACAGGCAGAGGAGGAGACCUGCAGAAGAUAGGAGAUUUUUGCAUGGUCUUCUCUGAGGUGCCAAACUUUAGUGAACCAAACCCAGAGGUACUGGCCCAGGCCAACAGGCCGUCUAAAGUUGAGUCCCAGAACAGUUAUUCUGUCAGUCAAAGCUCCACCCCCUCAGUCCCCACCCUCACAUACUCUUCCAAUGGAUGCUCUCCGCUCUCCCGGAAUCCAACCUAUGGGAGCACAGGACAGCAGACUGGGCGAGGCUCCGGAGGUCCUGGCACCGACCCCAAGCCCACAGAAUCUGUGGGCAACAGCAGGGACCCACGGCAAGGGCUAAAGAGGAAAUGACGCUGGUUUCAAAUCAACACGUAUCUUGGGCCUAGCUGUAUUUUUAUUUAGCAAGUUAAAUCAUUUUUGUUAACAUGGCCAUCAUUUUCUAAGGAAAGUUACACAU